AUGUUUCCUGAUUAUGAGGCCGACUCCAUCCUCUCUUCCCACCUCUCUGGUAACCCUACGCCUCCCACUGAAACAAAGUGUAAACAAAAGAGAACGUGUAAUGCACAGUCCAAACUCCUCGAGUGGCUCUCAUUUCAGGACGUUACGCUUGACAAGAUCUUGCGUCACAAUGGUCUCGGAGACUUUCUUGGGCAUCAAUUUUGCAUGGAGUGUAAUGAGGAGAUGGGGAUCUUCAAGUGCAAGGACUGUUCAAGUGGAUGCUACCUUUGCCGUCAGUUUUGCAUUGUCAAGGCUCACCAGGAGACACCGUUGCACCGAAUUGAAAAAUGGACUGGCGAGUUCUUUGACAAAACGUGCCUCAAGGAUCUUGGAUUACGCGUUCAACUCGGGCAUGGUGGGGGCGUUUGUCCUUGCCCAUCACCCGGCCCACUGGACUUCAGGGUUUUUGACAUGUCUGGCAUUCACAUCGUCAAUAUCGACUACUGUGACUGUCCAAACGACAAUGUACCCAAUCAAAAAACUCAACUUCUACAACAAGGCCGGUUUCCGGUGACUUUCUCGCAGCCCAAAACAGUGUUCACAUUCGAUUGCUUCGAUACGUUCCACGAACAUACCCUGCAAGGGAAGGGUAACCUUUACGAUUUCUACCAUCUUCUAGUACACAAAACAGAUAAUGCUAAUUUGUUCAACUCAUUUUAUCGAUAUAAGGAGAUCCAUUGGGUCUUUCACAUAUGGCGGAACCUCAUGGUCCUCAAACAUGCUGGCUGUGGGCACGAUCCUGCCGGUGUAGACAGCACCUUGCCUGGUAGUUUGACUGUUGAGUGCCCUGCAUGCCCCCACCCUGGCUGA